AGUCAAAGUGCCACUCCCACCCCCGCCACCACCCCCACUGCUCCCACCACCCCCUCCUCCUCCCUUGCCGCCUCUACCUCCUCCUCCCCCACCACCUCCACCGCCACCACCGCUGCCCCCGCCACCCUCACCACCCUCGCCACCCCCACCCUUGCCACCCUUGCCCUUGCCGCUGCGGCGCUUCUCACUAGGAGCAGAAUCAGCACCGACCUCCUCAGCACCGAAGAGGUCAAUAGCAGCAGCAGAGGACUCGAAGUCUACCGGGUGACCCUCUCCGUCAAAGGUGAGAACAGUAGGGGUCGCCAUAGCAGUAGAACGGUAGCAGCAGCAGCAGCAGCAGCAGCAGCAGCAGCAGCAGCAGCAGCAGCAGCAGCAGCAGCAGCAGCAGCAGCAGCAGCAGCAGCAGCAGCAGCAGCAGCAGUAGCAGCAGCAGGAGCAGCAGCAGCAGCAGCAGUAGUAAGGUAG